AUGCCCAGAGACAGCGGACACACCGGUGUCGAACAUUCUAUAUCCACGAAGAGCCAUCAGAUUCUUCUUUCUUUGCCAGACUCCAUUGACGGUCCAUCAGGCGCUUUGGACUAUCUGCCUUUAGACAGUAUUAAGAAAGAUUUCAUCAUUCCUCCACAGUCGAGCGGGCCUCCUAGUUUCCCGCUACAAAAACGGCGCAUACCUUUGCGAUUAAAGCUACCCACGCUGAAGCUUCGCCGGCUGUUUUUACCGUCAGAUUUUACCCUGAAAGGUCAUACUGCAGUGGUCUCCCGCAUUUCACGACGUGUGUCAGCCGUCCAUAAAAAGCCAAUCGUUUCUCGUUUUAACUAUGAAGUGCGCAGUACUCAGCUGAUGUAUGAGUUACUGAGGCGUGGCCAAGAGGAAGUCAACACUAUAAUGUUACCAAUGGCAGAUUUUCCAUUCAGUGUGGCAAAAAAACCUGAGCGACAGUUGGUAUCAGAUCAAGUACCCGACAGUAAUGAACUGUCCCUUGUUUCUGGUUUCGGGUGUCGGCCUCAAUUAGACCCAGACGACGAACUAAUGGCAAGGGCCGAAAUGGCAAUUCUCUGUUGCCUGAUGCAUAAAAGAACUGGGCUCAGUCUUAAGGCAUAUUUUCUGCCUAGAGUUCCGGACCUCUCAGCUUUGGCUGACUUUUUGUUGUACCUUAAUCUGUCAUUUAAUGACCUGCGCCUCUUCCCUACGGAGGUGUGUGAUCUAAAAAAACUGCAAAUCUUAAAGCUCCGAAACAACCCAAUCAAAUCCAUCCCAGAAGAUAUCAAGAAACUGACGGACCUUAGAACCUUGGUCAUGUCCUUCAAUCUACUGACUGAACUCCCACCUUGGUUGUUUAUGUUACCGAAACUUGAAUGCCUCGAUGUUUCCUAUAAUGAACUUGAAUACAUCCCGAAUGCUAUCAGCAACGCCAGGAGCCUCGGUUGCCUCAUCAUAGAAGGCAAUCUGCUGUAUGUUUUGCCUUGUGGGAUUCUGAAACUUCCGCUGAAAUGCCUGAGGGUAGAGAACAACUUCUUACAUCCCUUUUUCUGGAGAGAAUUCAAACAGCUUCAGCCACAACGACUCACUGAUAUGGCCUCCCUUUGUUUUGUUCGAAACAAGCUGCAGGAAAGAUACCCUAAAAUCCCAGAGGACAUUCAAAAGCUAUUGGGCAGCUGUGGUACUUGCGACUGCUGCUCAGGACCUUUGUAUGGCCAAGGCCUCCGUUUCCUUCGUGCUUAUAGGAACAUCUACGGACUUCGGCUUCCUUAUGUGUUUUCCGCCUGCUCCCCAUUCUGCUACAUGAAUUUUGUCACUUGAACUGUCUCAAACACAGUCGCUGGCAGGACUUUCAUGGAUUUCCCCUUGCAGCAGCUGAGUUGAUAAUUUCUUGACUAAAGAGUCAGCCGUUGCUGUGCGUACACAUCUGAACUCCCAGUCUGAGGAUUCCAGGAGUACCACUUGGACCGCAAAAUCAUCUGGAAUAUCUGUAUUGCAUCUUGCUUCCCAGAAAUCCUGCUAGGAAGAGGUGUCGGCUGGUUUUAUAUUUUAACUCACCAAACGUCUUUUUUUCAUAAGCCUAAAAUAUGUUUGCUCUGAGAUACCCCUUGCUUUGCUUCCAAAGGUCCCAUUUCUUGCAGAGUCUCCUCUACGGCGUAAGAAUC